AUGCGCUACUACGGCCACAAUUACGGUGUCCUGGGCUGUGGCCGUGGGGGCCUGGGCUGUGGCCAUGGGGGCGGCUAUGGUAACUAUAGUUAUGGCUGUUGCAGCCCCCUGUGCUAUGGAAGAUACUGGUCCUCCGGCUUCUACUGA